AUGCUCCUUACACCCGGAUCCGGCUCGGCUACCCGCGUCCCCACCCCACCCAACCCGCACCAGCUCCUCCGGACGCACAGGCGCCGGCUCCACACCGCAGCUCCCAAGCCCUGGCCCACGCACCGACUCCCACGCCCGCCCCCCGCGCCUGUCCACGGCCGCACCGCGCACUCCUCCCGGGACACGCUCCCCUCCCUACAAUCCGCCAUCUCAGCCCUCCCGACCCUUGGGUUCCUUUCCUCUAGUCCUGCACACGCGAAAGGACAAGUCAGCAGCCACCGCUCAGAGCAGAAACGUAAAAAGCUCCAAGUACAUUGUCCCAGCGUCCUCUCCCCUGGGUCCCCUGCAAAGCUCUACGGCUGCUAUGCAGUGAUCGUCGUCCUCACUGCAGCUGUAAUUGCACUGACUGUUACACUGUCAGAAAAAGAAAAGAAAGAACGGGUCUCAAUCAAAAAUAUCUGUGCUGUUUGCCCAAAAGAGUGGAUUGGAUUUAGGAGUAAAUGUUUUUAUUUUUCUGAAGACAUGAGAAACUGGACAUUCAGCCAGACUUUCUGUAUGGCACAGGAGGCCCAUCUAGCUCGAUUUGACAGCCUGGAUGAGCUGGAUUUCCUGAUGAGAUACAAGGGUGAUUCUGCCCACUGGAUCGGCCUGCACAGAGAGUCAACACAACACCCAUGGAGGUGGACAGACAACACUGAAUAUAACAACUUGGUUCCCAUCCGAGGAGAAGGAGAACAUGCAUACCUGAGUGACAGAGGGAUCAGCAAUGGCAGGGAGCACAUGCCUAGGAAGUGGAUUUGUAGCAAGCCUGAUAGGUAUUUACAGUACCCAGAAGUUUCAUAGCUUGUGUCAAAGCAAUCAUGAGAGACCUGUAUCAUGUUAUCUACAGUCACUGACUCAUUUCUUUAUCAUCUAAAAUGAUCAAAAUCAAUGCUUAAUCUGUGGUGACAUCCAAUAUGAAAACUGUCAUAGACAACUAUACUUAUCGGUGCUUGGGAGCCUAUGGGAAAUUCUAAAUUAAAUCAGUGUUUUGAUACGAGUUUGUGCUCAUCGUAUCUUAAACCUGAAGUACAAUCACGUCAGUAUUAGUGACCUCCACUUUUAUGACCAGAUAUGAAAGUUUUUCCAUUAGUUCAUUUUUGA